UAUUAAGACAAUUUUCUAAUUAAGAGUUCCCUAUAUUAUUCAGUAAUCACUCUUCUACACAGCAGUCUCUGAGAACUCUCUAAUAACAUUACACCUCUGGAUGCAUCACCUAAUCUUUCACUAAGUUGUUCUCUGUGUAUGUGGUAGAACUCUUAGUUGGCUACAAGCUUCUUUGAUGCCUCUGGUAGCCCUUUGGUAGAAAUAAUCUUAAAAAGACAAUAUGAAGGGUUUAUUAUGCUCCAGACACAAUACUAAGUAAUUUACUGGCAAAGUAUUUAGGACACUGCUUAACACACAGUAAGUCAUUAAUAAAGAUUUGUUAUUAGUACUAUUUAUAGUCCUAUGAACUUGGUACUAUUAUCUCCAUUUCACAAUUAAGGAAGCUGUGAGUCACAGAGAAUUACAUAACUUGUCCAGGGUCACAGAGCUCAUGAAGUGACAGAGACAGAACUUGAUCUCAGUCUGUUUGACACUAAUAUCUAUCCAUAUUCUUAACCAUUAAAAAAUGUUUGGCUAAAGACUCCUACACUAAUCAAUCUGCUUUUUGCAAUAAUACCCUUGCAGUUUUCAGAUAACUGUAAGUUGUACUCAAGACCAUGUUUUGCUUCAGAAUUCUUCCCUCUUUUAAAAUUCAACUGCUUCACAGAUAUAAGGGGAAAGGCAUAAGUGUCUGUAUCUCCUGCAGAGUUUCAUUUUGAAAUUUCAAGGCCAUUGAAAUAUGUGUCCUUAUGGAGAACAAUGAGUUUUUCAAAACUUCUAAGUUGCUAAGGAACUGAAGUUUUUUCAUCUGUUAAUAUGGUUUCAGUUAGCUCUUCUAGUUAUAUUUUCUCUAGUAGUUCUCAGCCGCCAAUACCUCUCUCAUAGAAUAUUUGCUCUCAUAGAAAGAACUAGACUAUGUCCACGGUUGGGCAAUAUCAAAAGUUCAUGGGUAGAUGUAUAAUAUAAAUAAUUAACAAUAGUAUUGGAGAUUCAACCCUGAUGUGCAAAGCACCUUACUUCUUGGCGUUAUUUCCUUUGAUGUUCACAAUUGCUCUGUGAUGUAAUGGCCUUUCUCCUAGUCACGUCGCCAGAUUGUAGAGGGAGACAUGCCGGCUUGUGCUGUUGUCUCCUAGGGUUCUGAAGAGGCCUUUCCUUUCUUUCCCAUCUUCCUUCUGUCUCCUCCUCCCUCCCAAACUCCGCCUGCCCUCUGCUUCCUCAGCGCUCUGAGGGCUAAGCUCGCUAGAAUGGAACUGAGGAACUCCAGACCCUCUGGUACUUGGGAGCCCUCUGAAAGGCUCCCGGAUCCCUAGGGACCAGUCAGGUGACAGUCUCAACCCAGCAGCCGAGGUGUCAUAACCUUUCCCACAGAAGCAGCAGCACGGCGCCCAGAGCCCAUCCCUGGAAGCUGUAUAACCGGGACUCCACCCGUCCCUCGGGCCAGGGCUCCACACUUGGGUCCCCCUCCGGAUCCCCACUGGAGUGAAUGAAUGAGCUUGCAGGCCUGCAGAUAGAUCCUAGAGGUGCUUGAGGGGGAGGGGGCGAAGUGUCAUUUAGAAGAAAGUUGGGUUUCCUCCAGGGACCGCAGUGGGUAGUAGCGGCCACUCUCCACCUGGGGCUGCGCGGCGGCUCACGUGCGCGCUGGGCCGGAAGGAUGCGCUGGCGGCUGGACUCGAACGCUGCGGAGCAGAGCUGCGCCCUGCGGUCCCCGUGGCGUCCUGCUGCCCGGGUCCAGUAGGGAGGAAGCGGCGCGCACGGCUAGCUGUAGUCCAUCUGAGGCCUCCCUCUCUGCCAGCUCCGCUCUCUCCCGCCUCCCGCCCCAGAAAUUAUCUCAUGCGUUGCCAGUGCGAUUCCAGAGCGCCACUCGGGUGGGUUCUUUUGUUUCUUUGUUUUAAUGACAGUUCCCAGCCCUUCGGCAUGUCAUGCGCGAUUAAUCCCCUGGCUCUCUUGAAGGCAGCUGGGGUGAAAUUUCUUCUGCACCAUCCUUUUGGGGAUAAUUGUUUAUGAUGUGACGUCAGCCGGAUUGAGUUUUCUCUCCUGAAUGAGAGAGAGAGUCACAGAUGUGUGCGGAGGCCACAGAUACUGACAUUUGGAAUUCCUUCAGGGCAAAGGGAGAUGGGAAUGGGAGCUUGAGUGUGCGCUGCCAAGACUCCAGGCUGCACGGAAUUAUUAAGAAAUGUUUCUUUAAAAUAAUAAUAAUAAUUCCCCUCCGCAGCGAGUCACUUAGGUGCUCCUUUCAUGCCCGAGUCCGCGGUGAAGGUGGCGGCGUCUGAUAAUUAAUCUUGGGUACCCAGCCGCUGCGAUAAGCUUAAGAAGAAGAGGAGGGGCGGGGGAAGUGCGUCACCAGCAGCGGACACAGCAGAUCUCUCGGCGGCGGCAGCAGCUUUGCGAGGACUUAAGCUGAGACCUGGAAUCGUAUCCUCCUGUGUUUUUUCAGACUCUUUGGAAAUUAAGGAAUGCAAUUCUGCCACCAUGAUGGAAGGAUUGAAAAAACGUACAAGGAAGGCCUUUGGAAUACGGAAGAAAGAAAAGGACACUGAUUCUACAGGUUCACCAGAUAGAGAUGGAAUUCAGCCCAGCCCACAUGAACCACCCUACAAUAACAAAGCAGAGUGCGCGCGUGAAGGAGGAAAAAAAGUUUCGAAGAAAAGCAAUGGAGCACCAAAUGGAUUUUAUGCAGAAAUUGAUUGGGAAAGAUAUAAUUCCCCUGAGCUGGAUGAAGAAGGCUACAGCAUCAGACCUGAGGAACCCGGCUCUACCAAAGGAAAGCACUUUUAUUCUUCGAGCGAAUCAGAAGAGGAAGAAGAAUCACACAAGAAGUUUAAUAUCAAGAUUAAGCCAUUGCAAGCUAAAGACAUUCUUAAGAACGCUGCAACUGUAGAUGAACUGAAGGCAUCAAUAGGCAACAUUGCACUUUCCCCAUCGCCGGUGAGGAAAAGUCCGAGGCGCAGCCCGGGUGCAAUUAAAAGGAACUUAUCCAGUGAAGAAGUAGCGAGACCCAGGCGUUCCACACCAACUCCAGAGCUCAUAAGCAAAAAACCUUCAGAGGACACCACGGCGCUUGCUCCCCUCUUUGGUCCACCAUUAGAAUCAGCUUUUGAGGAACAGAAGACAGAAGUUCUUUUAGAUCAGCCUGAGAUAUGGGGUUCAGGCCAACCAAUUAAUCCAAGCGUGGAUUCGCCAAAGUUAACAAGGCCUUUUCCCACUGGAACACCUCCACCACUGCCUCCAAAAAAUGUACCAGCCACCCCACCCCGAACAGGCUCCCCCUUAACAGUUGGACCAGGAAAUGACCAAUCAGCCACAGAGGUCAAAAUUGAAAAGCUACCAUCCAUCAGUGAUUUGGACAGCAUUUUUGGCCCCGUGUUAUCCCCCAAGUCUGUUGCUGUUAAUGCUGAAGACAAGUGGGUCCAUUUUUCUGACACAUCCCCGGAACGUGUUACUCCAGAGUUGACUCCAAGGGAAAAGGUGGUGUCCCCACCAGCUGCCUCAGACAACCCAGCUGACUCCCCACCUCCGGGCCCCCCGGGUCCUCCUGGCCCCUCAGGACCUCCGGGUCCUCCUCGCAGUGUACCAUCGCCGCUCAAUUUAGAAGAAGUCCAGAAGAAAGUCGCUGAGCAGAACUUCAUUAAAGAUGAUUACUUAGAAACAAUCUCAUCUCCUAAAGAUUUUGGGUUGGGACAGAGAGCAACUCCGCCUCCCCCACCACCACCCACCUACAGGACUGUGGUCUCAUCCCCCGGACCCGGCUCGGGCAGUGGUGCGGGGACCACCAGUGGUGCAUCAUCCCCUGCUCGGCCAGCCACCCCCUUGGUUCCUUGCAGCAGCACGACCCCACCUCCACCUCCUCCCCGGCCUCCAUCUCGGCCAAAGCUACCUCCAGGGAAGCCUGGCGUUGGAGAUGUGCCCCGACCUUUCAGCCCUCCCAUCCAUUCUUCCAGCCCUCCUCCGAUAGCACCCCUAGCCCGGGCUGAAAGCACUUCUUCAAUAUCAUCUACCAAUUCCUUGAGUGCGGCCACCACUCCCACAGUUGUGUCAGAAGAUGAUGUUUUUUAUGACAAACUGCCCUCGUUUGAAAGGCGCUGUGAGACGCCUGCAGGUUCUUCCAGGGGACCCAGCCCCCUAACCAUGGGAGCCCAGGACACCCUCCCUGUUGCAGCAGCAUUUACAGAAACGGUCAAUGCCUACUUCAAAGGAGCAGAUCCAAGCAAAUGUAUCGUGAAGAUUACUGGAGAAAUGGUGUUGUCUUUUCCUGCCGGGAUCACCAGACACUUUGCCAACAAUCCAUCGCCAGCUGCUCUGACUUUUCGGGUGAUAAAUUUCAGCAGGUUAGAACACGUCCUGCCAAAUCCCCAACUUCUCUGCUGCGAUAAUACCCAAAAUGAUGCCAAUGCCAAGGAAUUCUGGGUAAACAUGCCAAAUUUGAUGACUCAUCUAAAGAAAGUGUCGGAACAAAAACCCCAGGCUACGUAUUAUAAUGUGGACAUGCUCAAAUAUCAGGUGUCAGCCCAGGGCAUUCAGUCCACGCCUCUGAACUUGGCAGUGAACUGGCGAUGUGAACCAGCAAGCACCGACCUGCGCAUAGAUUACAAAUACAAUACAGAUGCAAUGACCACAGCCGUGGCCCUCAACAACGUGCAGUUCUCGGUCCCCGUGGAUGGAGGGGUAACCAAGCUCCAGGCGGUGCUUCCACCAGCAGUCUGGAAUGCUGACCAACAAAGAAUAUUGUGGAAGAUUCCUGAUAUUUCUCAGAAGUCAGAAAAUGGAGGGGUAGGUUCUUUAUUGGCAAGAUUUCAGUUAUCUGAAGGCCCAAGCAAACCUUCCCCAUUGGUUGUGCAGUUUACAAGUGAAGGAAGCACUCUUUCUGGCUGUGACAUUGAACUUGUUGGAGCAGGGUACAGAUUUUCACUCAUCAAGAAAAGGUUUGCUGCAGGAAAAUACUUGGCAGAUAACUAAUAAAAUCUUAUGCAAGGAUUUGGAGAUUCAUGUAAAGGAGAACUGUUGUAUGAGAAACAGAUUUUAAUUUUGGUUUGAUGAAAACAAACCAAAAAUCUGCACUUGGGAUAUAUCUGCUGGGAAUGUCAAUGACUUUCAGCAAUGAUUUCCCUGACACAAUACCAUGAUGACCAGUCCUACAGUAUUUACUUCUAGGUGUAAUAUUGUUAAUGGUUUUAAAAUGUAAUUAUUGUAUUUGUAAAUUGUACUCAUUCCAGUAAGGCGGUUAGAUACUUGAGUUUUAGCAUUUUACCAUUCCUGAAAUGGAUGUAAUUUAAACUGUGGUAUGUAAAUUUAAUAGUAGUACUGUUGAAUGGCACAAUGCUUACAGAGGUAGAUUGCAUUUUGUCAAUAUAUAAAAUUUAAAUAUAAUAUUGUUAGCUGUCAUAAAGGGGGUGCCACGCACAAAGAAAAUUAAGCAGAACCAGAAAAAAAAACUUCCUUUUCUUCAGUCCUUAAUAUGUUUUACUCUAGUGCUAAAUAAAAAUUCUAUCUUCAGAUGUUUAGUGGAUUAAAUUCAGAAACUGUUUCAGAAAACAAACAAAAAAAAAUCUAAAGUUACAGCAUAUUCAAAGAAAAGCAUUAAUUGCCACUUUUUAAAAAGCUUUUUUUUCAAACUGCAAAUUUCAUAAAAAUGCAAACUGUGUAAACAGGGCCUCUUAUUUUUAUAACUUGUGUAAAAAGGGAAAGCAAUUCAUAUUUAAAGUUUAAGUAUAUGAAAUUAUAAACAAGAGUAAAGAAGAUGUUGAAAUCUUAACUACUCCCCUCCCUUCCACACAUUAGCAGAUAUGGGGACUACUGAAUAAUCAGACUAAAACCAAAAUUGUGGUUUUAAAAUUUCAAGAAUUUCCAUGGUUGAACUGGUUAACAACUUUUGCACAAUAUCUCUAAACAGAGACCCUCCCAUCCUAGCAUGGAGAAUUGUACCAAGCAUCUUCCUCAUUACCCACAGGAAUCAAAAUAUUGACUCUAAAAAACCCAGAAAAAAAGAUUUCAGUCCCCUAUUGAAAUCCAGAAGUAGAAUUUUAAUCAUCAUUUAUAUCCUAUGGGAAUGAAAAAAUAAGCUUUAUAAAUGAAAUCCUAACCACAUUAUUGUGCAAUAAAUUUCCUUUUGGAUAAGAUUCAUUAUAUGUAACUAUAAAUCUUUGCUGUUUUUAGGGAAUCAAAAAGAGAGUUAUCAAAAAUGUAUGUUAUGAUUUCAUUGUUGCAAGGUAUAAUAAAAACUGUAAUUAUUUAGUCUUGCCUCGAUAUGGGAAUUCAGGAUGGAAAAGUUCUUCUUCAGGAGUCCCAGCUGUAAAACCUUCCUCCAUUACAAUCUGAAAACAUGAAUCUUCCUUUAAGUCAUAGAACCUAUUUUAAACAUAAACUCAUUCCUGUUCUAGGUUAUACUAUUAAAUAACUAUAAUUAUUAAGUUGUUAAAUUUAUUGUUAGUUGCUAAAUUUUAUUUACAUCAUUCAUAUUUGACAAAGAACUUUAGCCCCUUAAAAUUUUAGAAUCAAAUUAAAUUUUGUAAUCUUACUUUUAAAAUGAAAUUGUGACUGGCAAUUGUUUAUAGUGGAAUUUUUUAAAUUAAUAUUUGUACUCCUCUAUCAGUGCUUGCUACCAAGAGACUGUUCAAAAUGAUCUGUUUUACCUAAGAAGAAUUCUUGCUGUGCAAACAAAUUCUCGAUUGGCUCCCCAAGCAGUCUGACAUUGAAGUUUUUUGAACAAGUAACUAAUAUAGUUACUUAAGAUAUUCAAUUUUAUUUUGAAAUAAAAAUAGAAAAUGAAAACUUUUAAAUCCCAUAAAACGUGGGGAAAUUUCAAACACUGGAACCGAUGGAGAGUAAGUAGCAGAAAAUUAAGAAUUAUCCAGCAUAUGAAUAUAAAAAUGUGUUUUUAAGAUAUUAAUCCAUGAGAAAACAUAUUAAAUAUUAACACAAAGCAUAUUAAAAAUAUGUAAAUAUUAUUGGUUCUCAUGUCUUGCUCAUUACAUUGUAUUUUAUACCAUUCUAGAGGGAAUUAGUAAUUAAACACAAGGUUUUCCUUUUCAUAGAAUACUUUUGUUUAUAUUAUAAAAUGUAAUUUAAAACAGAUUUCAUUAAUCUCUAACAUUAUUCAAAUGUCUCUAGAUACCAAAUUUGAAACUAUGAAGAUAUCCUAUGAUUCCAUAAUUGGCCUUUAUGAAACAGAAUAAAAGUCAAUGAUUUCAAAAUUAUUAACUAAUUUUGAAAUAUUAUUAUUAUUAUUGAAUAACAAGAACCUCAAUAGAGAAUAUAUCCCUUCUUCUUUUGGAAAAUAGGUCAAAUAACAACACAAUAAAUUCAUAUCAGGGAUUUAGAUUUUGGUGGGUUUUUUUUAACCUUGUAGUUUAUAAUCUCCUGUUGUAUCCAUAGUACUAUACAAUAAGAAAUAGUGUUAGGAAAAAUGAUCCUAGACAGUGAAAUUAUAAAAGAAACAUUAGGUCAGGUUCAUUAUCAAUUUUUAAAACAAAAUGUGCUGGUACAUGUUCAGAUUUUUAAUACCAAGCAUUAAAAGAAAAAGAUUUCUCAUUAGCCAGGACACCAUUUCCUGAGUGCUAUAAUUAGAUAGAAAAUAUGAAUGCUUUAUUUUGCAACAUGGAAAAUGUGUUUUUUAAAUAAAUUUCAUAUUUUUCACAUUAUUUUUAAAAAUAAUUUUCUGUUAAGCAUUAGUCUGAAUUUUAUCAUAAUUGAAACAUAUAGUUCCAAACAAUUUAAUUUUAAAUUGCUUUUAAAGCUCUAUUCUUCUCUACACUUACAGUCAAAAUGAAAAUUCAUUGUAUAGUAUUUGGAAAUGUAUUUCACCUGUAAAGAAAGAAUGUCUACAUUUCAAAUGGUUUCAAGUGAAUACAGAGGAACCAUCGCCUCCAGAAAGUCAGAUUACAAUUGUUUUACUUUUGUUUUUAUGAAUUUUUACUCAGUCUCAAUCUGCAAAGUGUUUGAGGCCACAAUUACUCAUAUUCCCAUUUCCAAACAUUCAUUUCAAAGAAGCCUUUCAAUAUCAGCUCUACCACUAACUCUGCUAUUUGACCUUAGAAAACAGCCCUUUUUAAUUUCUCAUCUUUAGAAUGAGGCAUUGGGAUUGCCAGUGGUUUCCAAGCUUUUCUUAACAGUCACUUUUUUCUACUAAAAUUGCACAUGAAUUCCUAUUAGCAAAAUAACUAAAAGCAAUGAAGGAGUUCUUCCAGCAGUUUAAAUCUGGCACUCCAGAGCACUGUUUAAAUACCAAUAACACAACUGUGAUCUAUAAAUCUCCCACCUCAGACGUUCCAUGGUUCUACUUGACUAAGAGAGAUCCACCUGUGGGGGCUUUACAAUCACAGUACUUGAUAUUACAAUAAAAAUGGAUAUUCUCUUGAGUGCCAUAUACCAAUUCACUAUGGAUGUUUGCUCACCUAAUCUUUAUAUCAACCCCUAAAUGGUACAUACUCUUUUUAAUUAGUAUUUUACAAAUGGUGACAUUGAGUCUUAGAUUAAUAAAAUUAUUAUUAAUUUUUAAAAAAGUGACAUAGCAGCUGGAAGUAACCCAGUUAUCUUGACAACAAUGGGAGCAAUUGGCCUGUUUUACUUAUUCAUUCUAGGAAAUGAACUCUUCUGUUUUAUUUUACCAUACAUAUUCCAUUUGAAUACCCAAGUAAAGGGUGCUAUGAAAAAUUAAUACCAAAAUAAGGAUAAUUCCCAAAGCAAAAUUGUUGGAAAAGAAUAUGUUUCUCAAAGCAUGAUAUGUGAACCACUUGUUUUAUCAUUUAUUUAACAAGGGCAAUGGUUUUGGCUUAGGUAUCACUAUAACCCCAGAGCCUAGAAGACAGUGGGCAUCAAUAAAUUUAUACUGAAUAAAUAAAUCUGUCGGGGUGGAGUUUAAGAAUAUGUACUUUGACAAGCACCCAAAAUUUGAGAAUCACGGCCCUAGUAGAUCUCUCAAAUACGUCUUAGUUUUGACAUUGCAUCAGAUUUUAGACAUUCGAUUAUUACUUGAAUACCAUUUUUCUAGUGAGCAUGUUUUUGUGUUUUUUUUUCCCAUUCAGUCCAUUUAGCUUCCUUCAAUCUUAAAAGAAAACAAAAAGGUAGAUUUGUUUAGGAAAACACCUCCUUUUUUUUUUUUAGAGUUCUUUUAUGCUGUCUCAAAGUGGCCUAACAUAUAAUCUCUCAUUUUCAUUUUUCUGUCCUUUUGUCUAUGUUGUCAAAGAUUAAAAGAAGAAAUAGGGAGGGUGCAAGCUGUCAUGAAAUCCAGAUAAAAUGUCUCCCUUCCUGCCAGGGACACA